AUGGCAGAAGCACUAGCAGCAGAUAUCAAAAAUAAUAUCUUGACAUGCAACAUCUGUCUGGAAGAGUAUGAAGACCCCCGUGUGUUGCCUUGCUACCAUACAUUUUGCUAUGGUUGUAUAUCUGACCAUGCUACGCACACCCUGACUCCAAAUAGAACAUUUCUGUGUCCAAUUUGUAGAGAAGAGAUCCAGUUUCCAGCUGGUGGACUUAAUCAACUGAAGAAGAAUUUUGUCUUCAGCAAGGCCAAGGAUAUCAUAACCAAGCAGCAAGAGAGUCAGAAAUUAGAAGAGGAACAGACCAAUGUAGCAGCAGUGGCACAGGGCACUGCACAGAUGACCAACAGUUGUGAGAAACAUCCUAAUAAAAAAUUCAAAUAUUAUUGUGAAGAUGACGAUACUGUUAUAUGUAGCAGGUGUAUAGCAACAGAACAUAGUGGGCAUCGUAUUUCAUCAGUUGAACAAGUUGCAAAAAUCAACAGAGAUAAAAUUAAAGUUGCUCUUGUAAAAACCAUGAAAACAUUAAACAGGUUUAAAGAGGCAGUGGCUAAGGGAAUAAUCACAGAAUCAAGCAACUCUCAAAUCACAGCAGCCACUAUCAAGGCAAACAAGGAAAACCUUGAAUUCCACCAUGCUUCCUUGCACAGUGCCUGUGACUUUGCCCAGGAACUUAUCACUAAUGGCACUGACUCUGAUAUCAUGGUUCAUGCAAAAUCUCUGAUAGAAAGACUGGCAGAGAUGGAGAAAACACCUGUCCCAACUCCAGACACACCAGCACAGAUAUCUUACAUACCAGGUAAUAGUACAGUACAGUCACAACCUCUAUUAGCUGAGCAGGGAACAAAUUUUAACUCAGCAUUCUACCCUUCAGUUUUCUUAAAGAAGGCAGAAUGUGUGCAUUCCUUCAAUUCUGUGCUGAAAGAUGAGUGUAAAAACGCAUUGUUUCAACUAAAUGGGUUGGCCAUAGAUGAGGAGCAAGUCUAUGUAGUGGACCAAAGCAGAAAUAAAGUAAAAAUAUUCACACAUGCUGGAGAGUUUAAAUUUGAUACUAAAGUUCAAUGUCCAUAUGAUGUGGCUGUAUCACAGACUGUCCUGUUUAUAACAUCCUUAGGUGACAGACAGGAGCAGACACUGUGUACAUGUGCUGUCACCUACAGGUGA